UUUACGGGAACUAAAAGAUUCUGUAGAUUUCAAUCGAAGUUGUCAAUCAGUUAUAUAUAAUCUAAUCGAGACUCCGCCCUCGCCUUUUACAGUGGAUGCACUUGGCAGUGUCUCCACUCAACGUCACUUUCGUUGAUCGGCUUCUACUUUGAAGAAAUGCGUGUGGCUAUAAUAGGAGCUGGAGUCAUUGGCCUGUCCACAGCUCAGAGCAUUUAUGAGCAGUACCAUUCCAUUGUCACGCCGCUGAUCAUCGAGGUGUACGCCGACUAUUUCACUCCGCUGACAACCAGUGAUGGAGCGGCAGGCCUCUGGCAACCAUAUCUUAAUGAUAAAGGCAAUCUGCAGGAGAGGGAAUGGAAUAAGCAGACCUUUGACUACUUAGUGAGCUGCCUCCGUUCUCCAGAGUGUGUAAAAAUGGGUCUUUUUCUCCAAUCAGGCUACAAUCUCUGCUCAAAACCAAUGCCUGACCCAACAUUUAAAGACAUAGUUCUGGGCUUCAGACGCCUCACUGAGCGAGAGCUGGAGAUGUUUCCCGGCUACAGUUAUGGAUGGUUCAACACUGCUCUCAUGUUGGAAGGUAAAACGUACCUACCGUGGCUGAUGGACUGGUUGGCCAAACGGGGUGUGAAAUUUUACCAAAGAAAAAUUAGCUCCUUUACAGAGCUUUUAAAAAAUGGUGCAGAUGUGAUAAUAAACUGUAGUGGGUUGAGAUCUGGAGACCUCCAGCCUGACCCUGAGCUGCAACCAGGCCGGGGACAGAUAAUUAAGGUAGAGGCCCCAUGGUUGAAGCACUGGAUUAUCACCCACAAUACCGAAGGGGUUUACAACUCACCAUAUAUAAUUCCAGGGAGUCGUUUUGUGUCAGUCGGUGGGGUGUUCCAGUUGGGAAAUUGGAAUAAUGACAAUGAUUCCAACGAUCAUAAGGACAUCUGGGAAAAGGCUUGCCAGCUCGAGCCUAGCCUCAAGCAUGCCAAAAUAGUGGAUGACUGGACCGGUCUGAGGCCAGCCCGAAGCAAAGUCCGACUGGAGCGAGAGACGAUACUGUGUGGUGCUACUGCAGUCGAGGUGAUUCACAACUAUGGCCAUGGAGGAUUCGGACUAACCAUUCACAAAGGCUGUGCUGAGGAAGCAGCCAGGCUUUUUGGUCAGAUCUUGGAACAAAAGGGCAUCGGUCCAAAAGCACACCUGUGAUUUUGCUUUUAGUGUUACUAAUUCAAUUACAAUGAAAUCAUUGUUUAAGAUGCGAAGCUAAUUUGUAAAUCGCUAUUUUAAAAAAAUAUAUAUAUGACGUUUAAAAACAAACAAACAAACAAACAUAUCCAUAUGUAAACAAAUGUAUGUAGCUUCAAAAUCCCAGCAAUAAAUAAUCACUUGAAUAACUUUUAAAAUCUUUAAAAAAAAAAAAAUACUGCCAUCAUGUAAUACAUUUACACAUAGUUUCUUGUCUUCAACAUACAUUAUAUCUUAAUAAUAAAUAAUUAAAUACUUUAAACACAAAUAAAAUUGAAAGUGCAAAAAUACAUAAUGCUGCAUAUAACUUUUUUUUUUUUUUUUUUUUUUUUU